CAGUAAUUGCUGAAUAGGUUGAUGGCAGUAAUUACGAUGUCUAUCCGGAUAUCAAAUAUGAAUGGUGGAACCCAAAUGUGGAUAUUAACGCAAAAACCUACCUGGAGGCCUGGGAUGUAUUAGAAUAAAUUACCGCUGAUUUGCUCUCGAAAGAUCAACAGCCCACUUCACUGAUGAGGUCCAAGACACCCAUAAGAGAGGAGGACUGAGCAGGCCCCUUGCCAGCACAGCUCUCCUCUGGAGAAGCCCAGGUGCAACAGCAGCAGGGGCAGCUUUUCAUCAUCCAACUCCCUAGGACUCUACAGUCCUGCCCUCCACAUUUCCUAUCUUAGUGGGUCCCCGCGAGCGUUCAAAACUGUUUCUCCAACGCUUCUACCAAAAACUCAGACUGUUUUCCAGAGCAGAAGCAGCGGUUGUGCCCAGCUGCUCCUCCUCCCAGGGGGAAGCCAUGGGGAGCCUGCGAAGCCACCGCUACAGCAUCGUCUCCUCCGAGGAAGACGGCAUGAAGCUGGCCGCCAUCGCCGCCGUGCCCAACGGCUACGGCAACGGCACGGUGGCCAAGGCGGACACGGCGCAGCAGCAGACUGUGAGCCGCUUCGUCCAGAAGGACGGCCACUGCAACGUGCAGUUUAUCAACAUGAGCGAGAAGGGCCAGCGCUACCUUGCCGACCUGUUCACCACCUGCGUGGACAUCCGCUGGCGCUGGAUGCUGAUCAUCUUCUGCCUGUCCUUUCUCCUCUCCUGGCUCUUCUUCGGCUUCGUCUUCUGGCUGGUAGCGCUCUCCUACGGCGACUUGGAGAAUGAGACGCAGAUGUGCGUGUCCAACGUCAACAGCUUCACCGCCGCCUUCCUCUUCUCCGUGGAGACGCAGACCACCAUUGGCUACGGCUACCGCUACGUCACCGAGGAGUGUCCUGUGGCCGUCUUCAUGGUGGUCUUCCAGAGCAUCUUCGGCUGCAUCAUCGACGCCUUCAUCAUUGGCGCCGUCAUGGCUAAGAUGGCCAAGCCCAAGAAGAGGAAUGAGACGCUGAUCUUCAGCCACUACGCCACGGUGGCCAUGCGGGACAGCAAGCUGUGUCUGAUGUGGCGUGUGGGGAACCUGCGCAAGAGCCACCUGGUGGAGGCCCACGUUCGCGCCCACCUCCUCAGGACGCGCACCACAGCCGAAGGCGAGUACAUCCCCCUGGACCAGAUGGACAUCGACGUGGGCUUCGACAGCGGCGUCGACCGCAUCUUCCUGGUGUCGCCCAUCACCAUCGUCCACGAAAUCGACGAGGACAGCCCCUUGUACGAGAUGAGCAAGCAGGAGCUGGAGACGUCCCAGUUUGAGAUGGUGGUGAUCCUGGAAGGUAUGGUGGAAGCCACGGCCAUGACCACCCAGUGCCGCAGCUCCUACGUGGCCAGCGAGGUUCUCUGGGGCCACCGCUUCGAGCCAGUCCUGUUCGAGGAGAAUAACUACUACAAAGUGGACUACUCGCGCUUCGAGAAAACCUACGAGGUGCCCAGCACGCCCCAGUGUAGUGCCAGGGACCUGGCCGAGAAGAAGUCCCUGGUCUCUAGCUCCAACUCCUUCUGUUACGAGAACGAGGUGGCCCUUGAAAAAGUGGAGAUGGAGGAGGCGUUUGACGAGGAGAAAGAGGAGGAUGAGGAGGAGAAGGAGGAGAAGGAGGUAAAAAUGGAGGAUCAGGGUGCUAUUGAGAAUGCAGCACUGGUGGAGACAAACACAGACACAGUCUCUGUACAUUCUGAACACGAUCAGGAUACCAGGAAUCCGACGAUGCCUUCAGAAGCAAGGCCUCUAAGACGAGAAUCAGAAAUAUGACUGCAGAGAAGUUAGGGGGGAAAUACUACAUGAAAUACUACUAUGAUAGGUUUGACCUUUGCUCCUAGCGGCUUUCUGUACUACUGCAGGAUGGAUUGACUGAGGUGGGUGUCAUUUUCUGAGCAAGACACUCAAACACAAACGAAUACAGAAUUAACAGACCAGAGAAAAUGAUGCAAUAUUAUUUAUUCUCUUUACACAAGUCCCUCGUCUGGUGGGAGGCGAUGGUAGCUUGACUGAGAGGAGUUGGUGGCUCUUCUGGCCCGUGGCACUAUAGGAAUGAGACGGGUUAGGUAGUAGUGUUUUGCAGAUAUUACUGUAGUAUACUGUAGUACUUACUAUAGUGUUUUUGUUUUAUUAUUCUUUUGUCAUAUGUGGUCUAUGGGUGGCACAAAUUGUGACAUGGGGGAGGGGAAUGUGCAGGACAUAUGCAAAUUCAGUAUUAGGAUACCAAUACAAUGUGUACUGUAGUAUUCUACAGUCUACUCAAAAAUGAUAUAGUAAGCACUACAUCAGGGUUCCUCAACUGGUGGCCCGGUGGCUUUUUUUGGCCCCCCAAGUUUUCUGAGCAAAAUAAAUUGAAAUUAACAUAUUUUUCAUUAUUUAUAAUUUUGGACAUAAAAGGCUGUAAAAACACCAGGAAAUCAGUUCCCAGUGAUUUUUAUUUGGGAAAUCUGUUCCCAACUAU